AUGUUCACUCGAACUCUUCCCUCAGCACUCAGAACAUCUUCACGAUUAUCACAACUUUCUUCACAAAUUCAAAGACGAAGUAUGGCCUCAAUCACCACACAUAAGCUCAACACUGGAGCUACUAUUCCCGCCAUUGGCUUUGGUACAUGGCAGGACAAGGACUCUCAAGAAGAGGCAGUCACAGAAGCAUUGAAGGCGGGUUAUAGACACAUUGAUACAGCAAGAGUAUACGGAACUGAAUCAGCAUGCGGUGCUGCAAUCAGGGCCUCUGGCAUUCCUCGAUCCGAACUCUUCAUCACCACCAAGUUAUGGAAUAACAAGCACAAGCCAGAAGAUGUUGAACCAGCUCUUAAUGAGUCGUUAAAAGAUUUGGGUUUGGAUUAUGUUGAUUUAUACUUGAUGCAUUGGCCAUCUGCAUUCAAGCCAGGCGAUGACCUAUUCCCUAAGGUGGAUGGCAAAACGCAAACGGCAGAUAUUUCAUACGUUAAUACAUAUAAGGCUAUGGAGAAGCUUAUUGAAACUGGAAAGACUAAGGCUAUUGGUAUUUCCAAUUUUUCGAGAGGGGAAUUGGAGAAUCUAUUAAAGGAGGCUUCGAUUGUUCCUGCAGUUCACCAAUUGGAACUUCAUCCAUGGCUUCAACAAACUGAAUUCUGUGAGUUCAAUAAGAGAAAGGGAAUUCAUAUUACCCAAUACUCUCCAUUUGGAAAUCAAAAUGAAGUUUAUGAUAGUGGAAAGGGUAUUGGCAAGUUAAUGGAUGAUCCAACAAUCGUUGAGAUUGGCAAAAAGUAUAGCAAGUCUGGAGCACAAGUAGCAUUAGCUUGGGGUAUUGCACAUGGUCAUUCUGUCAUUCCUAAAUCGAAAACUCCUUCACGCAUCAAGAGUAACUUGGAGGGCGAUUUCAAACUUGAAGCCGAAGAUUUGAAGAAAUUAGAUGGUUUGGAUAAAAAGUUAAGAUUCAAUGAUGCUAGUGCAUCAUUCGGAUACAAUUUCUAUUCAGACCUUGAUGGUAAAAGAAAGAAUUAA